AUGAAGCCGGCGACAUGUCUUCUGCUAUUUGGGUUGUAUUUGCUUGGCCUUUCUCGGGCACAGCACGAUGACAAUGAAGAUAUGCUGCCUCGCAUAGCUGUGAUUGGUGCAGGCCUGGGUGGAACAUCAGCUGCAUUUCAUCUCCGUCAACUAUUUGGACCUAACCUCCAGAUUGAUAUCUUUGAAGCAAACAAAGUUGGUGGUCGCACUGCUCUGAUUGACAUCGGUGGGAAAGAGUAUGAAGCCGGAGGCAGUAUCAUUCACAAAAAGAAUAAAUAUAUGGUUGAUUUUGCUAGUAGAUUCAACAAAAGUGCCAAUGAGCCAUCAUCAGGAGAUAUGUUCUUCGGGCUGUGUGAUGAAUCCGGUAUCUUUUUUCAGACGAGCAGAUGGGAGGUAAUCAGUUUGGCCAAACUAUUUUGGCGAUACGGUCUUGACCUAUAUUCUUCACAGCAUUGGACCAGGAGUCUGGUAGGGGAAAAGUUUGAAAGGAUCUAUGAAUUCCAAGAACAAGGCAUAGCUUUUACUACACUAAGAGAUAUGUUAGAGGCGAUGAGUACAGAUUUCCUCAAUAUGACAAGACACAGCCUGCAGGAUGUCCUCUCUGAUGCUGGACUGUCUCAGAGGUUUAUCAGUGAGUUAGCAAUGGCUGCCAUGAGGGCAAACUAUGGACAGACAACAGAGGCCCAUGGCUUUGUGGGUGCUGUUUCUUUGGUGGGAGCCGAGCCAGGUCUGUGGUCAGUACGUAAUGGUAACAAACAGAUUGCAGAAGCAUUGCUGAAAGAGUCACAGGCAAAUCUGAUUGAAGCAGAGGUCAGUUCUGUUGCCCUGCUGAACAGUAGCAAAGAAAAUGAGAAUGUUUCAUAUGAAGUCACAUACAAACAUACAAACUCUGAUGGCAACAUCACCGCCAGCUCCAAACAGUACGACCUAGUUAUCAUGGCAGCACCCAUUUUUGGGUCCAAAACUAAAGUGUCAUUUGUCAACUUCCCUCACGAUGUGACGCCUUUCACUCAGGAUUAUCACACUACGGUGGCCAUGUUUGUUCAAGGAACGAUCAAUGCAAGCUCAUUUCAGGCCAAAACCAGAAGUGAACUCCCUCCAGACCUGUUAACAACCAGUGCAGGUGUGUUCUUCAAUGCUGUUGGCCAGCAGUCUCCAGUGGUGCCUGAUACAGCAGCAGGUAAUGUACUGGAUACAGAGAGUGCAGUCUGGAAGACUUUCUUCAAUAAAGUUCCAACAGAGGAGCAGAUAAGCCAGCUGUUUGACAGCCGAAAGGAAUUAAAACUAGUGGAGUGGCUAGCCUACCCUGAAUAUAAACCUAAAAUGGACCUGCCGCCAUUUGUGUUGUAUAAUGGAUUAUAUUAUAUUAAUGCCAUCGAGAGUGCGGCGUCUGCUAUGGAGAUGAGUGUUAUUGGAGCCAGGAAUGUGGCUCUACUUAUAGCCAAUCAGUGGCAUGGACAUGUGGACAAAAUUAAUGAGAUUAAUCUUCCAGACAGGCAUAACAAGAAGUAUGAUUUAUAA